AUGGUUAUAAUGGAAAAGCGGCUAGUACAAUUAUGUCGAGAACAUCUUCAUGAAGCUAUUUUAAUGGAAAUGUCUAAAUUAAUAAAUGAUAUAAAUAGUUCCGAAGCUGAACAAACUCUUAUCAAUCGUCUUUAUACACGUAUGGUUGAUACAAACAGUGAAUAUUUUAAUAUAAAAAAUAUUGGUGAUGUAUAUCGUUUGGCUUAUAUAAAAAUGGAUCAUCUUUUAUUACGUGGUAUUCAUGAAACAUCAAGUGUUCGUUGGAGUGGUACAUCAACAUUUACAGCUGUUGUUGUAGUUAAUGAUAAAAUUGAAGAUUUAUUAGUUGAUAUAGAAAAUCAUGAUGAUGAUAAAAAAAUCAUAUUAUUCUUGGUCAUAUUCAUAUCGCUAAUUGUGAUAAAUUUCUGUUUUUUGUUGUUUCUUAUAGAAAAUAGUUUUCAUUUUUUUAAAGAAAAUGUUGAAGCAUUAGGUAUUCAAGCUGGUGAAGUUGUUUUAAUGUCUCAAAAACAUACGUUAAUAAAUAAACGUGAAUGUGAAAGAAUAUUAGAAACAGGUGUAAAAAUAAGUGAAAAUGAUGUAAUUGCUGGAAUACAUGAAACAACACGUGGAUUAGGUAAUCAUGAUGAUAAAGAUAUAAAAAAAUGUGUUAUCAAUUCACCUUAUUAUUGGACAUAUGAAAUUGAUCCAUCAUUAGAAUGCAUCAUAAUAGCUACAGAAGGUCUUUGGCAAGUUCUUCAAUAUGAUAUUGUUGCUGAUAUUGUUAUACAAUGUUUACCAGCACAUCAUAUGCCAGCACCUAGUCGUAUGGAAACAGUACUUCAAUCUGUACUUGAAAGAUAUGGAACAGUAACACAUACCCCUUAUUUAACAAAUGAUGAUGAUACUAUAGCUGAUUUAAUAAUGAAAAUGUUUUUUUUUUCUACACGUAAUCGUGCAGUACAAUGUUCUGAAGAUAAUAUUCAUCAAGAAAUAUGGAAUUCUUUAUCAGCUCAACAUUGUCUUCGUCUUGAAUUAGCACAAAAAAUUUGCUGA